GCGAUUAUAUGGUGCAUUUAUAACCCUGACAACUCGGCUCUUGAAUUUUUGUACUCUAGUAUAACCAAAUGUUUGACGCAUUCUCAUGUCGGUUCUCAAACGAAUUAUAUCCCCGUAAUCAAACAUGAAUACUCCUCAAAGCAGCAAAAAGAAGGGACGAAACAGAAUUGGGGCUCCAGGAGAUUCCAUCACAACAAGCGAUUCUGAAUUGUUAAGUCCGCAAGAGGCCGCGCGUUUUGUUUUGAUACAUAGCAUUGGAGAAGAAGGAAGUAAAUCAAAUCGUCUAGGUAUAACGGAUGCUAUUCCCAUCGUUUCAUCCGAGGAAUACGAAGCGAAUGACAAAAAUUCUGACCACAGGAAAAGCACAACGGUUAUUGACAAGGAUAAAGACGACAAAACUAUAUUAAAUUCACUGCCAGUCGCCAUGGUCAAAGCUUUAGAUGGUUACGAAAGUCAAAUCGGAGAAGCCGAACCCCUUCCGAACUCGUAUGUUCGAUUUAUGGAACGCAGCGGGGAAGAACUUGAUGGCGAAGUCGAGUACGACCUUGACGAAGAGGACUCAGCGUGGCUGGCAAUCGUAAACGAGCGUCGAGCAGCGGCAGGUCUUCAGCCGCCACUGGCGGCUGACAUAUUUGAGCUACUCAUGGAUCGAUUAGAGAAGGAAUCGUAUUUCCAGCAGCAAACGAACGGAGGUGGAGGAGUAGCAGCAGACGAAGAUGCGGUCUGCUGCAUCUGCAUGGACGGCGAAUGCCAGAAUAGCAACGCGAUCCUGUUCUGUGACAUGUGCAAUUUAGCCGUACACCAGGAUUGUUACGGAGUGCCUUAUAUUCCCGAAGGACAAUGGCUAUGCAGAAGGUGCUUGCAGAGUCCCUCCAGAGCUGUCGACUGCGUUCUCUGUCCAAACAGAGGCGGAGCUUUCAAGCAGACAGAUCGCCCCGCGACUUGGGCGCAUGUAGUUUGCGCACUUUGGAUACCAGAGGUGCGAUUUGCGAACACGGUAUUUCUGGAGCCCAUAGACAGUAUAGAGAGUAUUCCUUCAGCUCGCUGGAAACUUACGUGCUGCGUGUGCAAGAGAAGAGGCGCUGGCGCCUGCAUACAAUGUCACAAGAGCAGCUGUUAUGCCGCCUUUCACGUCACCUGUGCGCAACAAGCCGGGCUUUGCAUGCGAAUGAGAACUGUUCAGCCAGCUAACGGCGAACCGAUGCUCGUUCAGAAAACUGCUUACUGCGAGGGGCAUGCUCCUCCGGAUUACCAACCUUCCAACAAUCCCGCUGAUGCCAGGCGUAGGGCUAUUGCCAACAAAAAAAGCUCAUCCGCACCAGUUAUUUCAAUACCCACUAUUCCUCCCGAACGGAUACGAGAAAUUGCCAGCUUGGCUGAGGGCCUGCCUAAGAGAAGUCAGUUGAUACAAAGAUUGAUAGCUUACUGGACUCUGAAACGCCAAUUUCGAAAUGGUGUACCGCUUCUGAGAAGGCUUCAAAGUUCCCAUCCACAUUCUCGUCCUCCGGCGUUGGGAGGUCACAUAUCACCAGCCGCGGAUGGUGAACUGAGAGGAGAACUUUAUCGUCAACUAAAGUAUUGGCAAUGCUUACGCCAGGAUUUAGAACGGGCAAGACUCCUCUGUGAGUUGGUUCGAAAGCGUGAAAAGCUGAAGAAGGAGUUAUUCAAAGUGAAAGAGAAGUGCUUAUGGUACGAACUUCGACCGCUCGAAAGUGUGCUCAGGUCACUCUUAGAAGGAAUUAAAGCAAGGGAUACUAACGACGUGUUUGGGCAGCCAGUCGAUACCGAUCAAGUCACAGAUUAUCUUGAAUUAGUAUCGCAUCCUAUGGAUCUAUCAACGAUUCAGGUUAAACUAGAAAAACAAGAGUACGAUUCCAUCGGCGCAUUUGAAGCUGACUUCAACCUCAUGGUGAACAAUUGUCUUGCUUACAAUCGGAAGGAUACAAUGUUUUAUCGAGCCGGAGUUAGAAUGCGCGAGCAAGGCGGAGCGCUUAUUGAGCAAGCUCGUAAAGAUCAUCCUGAAUUCGAUCCUGUUGUCGAAGAGGAAUCAACCGUCGCCAAACCACGGAAACGAGAAAGAACUAGCCGCAACAGAGGAGAAUCAGAGUCACAGAUAAACGAAAAGGAAACAGGGGGUGGUGGAGUUAAUCGACGAACUGCGGUGUUGUUCACACGCAAGGCCAAAGCUCGUGCAAGUAGAAGUGGCGUGCCCCCCGUUGCAGAAGGGGACCAAAAAAAACAAGGAGAUAGUUUUAGAGUGUACAGGAGUGGAGUAACCGAUAGCGACGGAGGAGAAGGUGAAAGUCAAUCUUCAAGCUGUAGCAGCUGUUCGACGAGUCGUACGUCGAGCCCAGAGGUUGAAAAAAAGGAUGCAGAUGUAGAAACUGAAAAAGAAUCCGAGGUAGAAAAGGAGAAAAGUACCGAAGAAGAAGGUGAGGAGGAUGCAGACGGAGAAGGAGAAGACGACGAUCGUUUGGAAGCGUUGCAACUUGUGUGGGCAAAGUGCCGAGGAUAUCCUUGGUAUCCCGCACUGAUUAUCGAUCCUGGAACACCCAGAGGAACCGUUCAUAAAGGAGUUCCGAUUCCAGCGCCGCCUGACGACGUUCUCGCUCUCGCUGCCAAUUACAAGGAUCCUGUUUUUCUUGUUUUGUUCUUCGACACAAAACGUACCUGGCAAUGGCUGCCUGGUGAGAAGUUGGAAAAAUUGGGAGUGUCAAAAGAGUUGGACGAAGCGAAACUAAUCGAAUCUCGAAAACCUGCGGACCGAAAAGCAGUCAAAAAGGCCUAUCAAGAGGCGCUGCAUUAUCGCAAGCAAACACACAACUCUGCACUUGCCACAGCCUCGUCUGUAUAACUUAUAUCCAGCCGUUUGAAAUAUGGUUAUAUUUUUGUUUCGUCGCUUUUAUUUUCUCACCAAGCGCAAAUCACAUAUGUUUGUCGACAUUCUCUAAAUGUGACUUCGACUUGGGUUAAAUUAUUAGGGAUAUUGGUGGGUCGUAAAUACUUUUUUUUUUCUUACAAUUUCAUUACGAGAUAAGUGUACAUUGGGUAUUUAUCGGAUUAAUGUAUUCGUAAAGAAAAGGAAUGAUCAAAGUUGUUGGCAACAGCUCAGAUGGCGAUUUUUCAAGUCAAAUCACUUUUAAGUGGUGAAAAAUCUGGUAUUUUUAUUCGAUUUCUCGCUGCAAAGACGGAAUUUAUUCAGAAAACUCUUUUCUACAGCACCGGUGAGACACUUUUUUUUUUUUUUUAUCACGUUGGUGUAACUAAAUAUUCGUACUUUGAAAAUUGUACUGUUGUCGAGAUUGAUCAACGAAUAGCGAUAAUAAAUUGACUAGUGAAGAGCGAAUCUGUUUCGCGAAAUUUUCCAAAUAUAAUUCUAAGAAAAUAAUAAGCAAUCGUAGAGCGAAAUAGAAUGAAUAUACUAGAAUUUGUGCUAUUUUAAAGCAAUUUUCUAC